UUGUGGAGUUGCAGAUUCAAGUGGUGACCCUGAGGAAUACAGGCCUAGCGGGUAGAGUCGCUUCUUCAAAGGGAUGACACGCAAGGCCAGUGUCUCUUCCUAACGCCUUUGGCCUCGUGGACGGGAAUCAACGAGAGAUACAAAGACUCUUGACUUACAGCGCAGAAGGAAAUGGGGUCUCCGGAAGCAGCAAAGAAGAGAAUCCUCCCAGCGUGGAUGACACAGCUCCCACAACAGGCAGAAACAAAGCCAAAGAGAAGGAAAAAGGGUGCUUUGGCAAGGAUUGAGACUGUCUAUUGCAUGAAUGAAGCGGAGCUGGUAGACAUGGCUCUUUGCAUUUUGGCUGAGAACUGCAGGGGCAAGGAAGUGGAGGUCACUUCAUCAGAAGACGAGGUUCAAGAGCCUCAGCAAGUCCCAGCCAGUCAUCACCCAAGUUCAGUGAGUGACAGCCACAGAAGCAGCUUCCCCACUCCAGGAUCCAAGCCUCCCAAUGAUUUGGAUGCUUUAAGCUGCAGUGAGAAGACCAAAUCAGAGGAAGAUGAUGAUGAUGAUGCCUUAAAAUAUGUGAGGGAGAUCUUCUUUUCUUAAGUAUAAAUCAUAAACAAUCCGCACAGAGGAAGCCAUUUCUGGAGACUGUAGCAAAUUGGACGUUCAGAUGCAAAGGCAACUCCAGGCAGCUCCCAAGGACGAGUAUAGAGCACCAAGGAGUGGUAUGCCACAAUCCCAUGGCUUCCAAAAGAACUGACCUGAGGAGAAGUUGGUGUAUUUGUGAGGAAAGAACCUGCUUUCAGGUUCUUGAGAGCAUGGAUAUUUAUUUUCACAUGAUUUGCAAGAACUGAACUCUGUUAUUAAAGUUCACGAGUGCUAA